AUGUCUCACUACCCAGAUCCCGACGAGGCCCAGCGCGGGCGGUACAACGACGGCUACUCGAACUACAAUCCAUACGAGCAGCAACAGCAGCAACAGCAGCAGCCGUAUCAGUCGGGUUUGCAAGACCCGUACAUCACCCACUCUCCCCCGCCGCCGCCAAACCUGUACCCUCCACCUAACCAGAACCAGUACCAGCCCAUCACCCACGACCCCUACGCGUCCCGCAUGUCUUAUCAUCCUCAGUCACCCCCACCGGUCACCCUCCACGACCCAUAUUCUUCCGCACCGGUCCCCGUCCACUCUCCGCCUCUCCCUCUCCCGGUCCAUUCCCCACCUCCCAUGCAGGCGCUCCCACAACAAGACUAUCUUUCCACGCCUUACAACCCCCAGCCCCUGCAGACCCCGAGCUCUCAUUAUCCGUCGACGUAUGAGGUGUACGACGAUCACGAGAAUGACCUCGGCGACGCCGGCGAUCUCCCGCUGCUCAGAGCGCCCUCGCAACACUCCCAGGUCUCUCUCGACCCUGCGUUCCCCGGUGGCUUUGCUGAGCCGGUAGAUGACGAUCAGGACACGAAUAUCCGCUACGGCCGCAUCCCGCAGCGCGUGCCACGGCGGUACAAGACGAUCAAGAAAGUCGAGCUCUUUCACGGGAACUUUGUGCUCGACUCGGCCGUGCCGACGAAGCUGCUCAACAUGUGCGCGCAGCGCGACGAGCGCGAGUUCACGCACAUGCGCUACUCGGCGGCGACGUGCGACCCGAACGACUUCAAGGACGCGGGGUUCACGCUGCGGCAAGUGCACUACGACCCGCCGCGGCGGACGGAGCUGUUCAUCGUGAUGACGAUGUACAACGAGGACGACGGGCUGUUCACGCGCACGAUGCACGGCGUGAUGAAGAACAUCGCCCACCUGUGCAAGCGCGACCGCAGCAAGACGUGGGGCAAGGACGGGUGGAAGAAGGUCGUGGUGUGCAUCGUCAGCGAUGGGCGGCAGAAGGUCAACUCGCGCACGCUGAGCGUCGUCGCGGCCAUGGGCGCGUACCAGGAGGGCAUCGCGAAGAACAUCGUCAACAACAAGCCCGUCGCGGCGCACAUCUACGAGUACACCACGCAAAUCUCCGUCACGCCGUCGAACAAGAUCGAAGGCGCGGAGAAGGGGAUCGUGCCGGUGCAGAUCAUCUUCUGCCUCAAGGAGAAGAACCAGAAGAAGAUCAACUCGCAUCGGUGGUUCUUCAACGCGUUCGGGCCCAUCCUGCAGCCCAACGUCUGCGUGCUGCUCGAUGUGGGCACCAUGCCCGGGCCGACGUCGAUCUAUCACCUGUGGAAGGCGUUCGACAUCAACUCCAAUGUGGGCGGGGCAUGCGGCGAGAUCGUCGCGUUGAAGGGCCGGUACGGAGAAAAACUGCUGAACCCGCUGGUGGCUGCCCAGAACUUCGAGUACAAAAUGUCCAAUAUCCUGGACAAGCCUCUGUACGUCCCACGCGAAAGGACCACGAGUCCUCCAACUGCUAACACCUGUGUUAGCGAAUCGGUCUUCGGGUACAUCACGGUGCUCCCAGGUGCAUUCAGUGCAUACCGAUACAUCGCACUGCAAAACGAUGUGACAGGGGAAGGGCCGUUGCAAAAAUACUUCCUUGGAGAAACGAUGCACGGAGCCGGGGCGGAUAUCUUCACGGCCAAUAUGUAUCUCGCCGAGGAUCGUAUUCUUUGCUGGGAGCUUGUGUCCAAGCGUGGCGGAGCGUGGAUCCUGCACUACGUCAAGUCCGCAUACGGCGUCACGGACACGCCCGAUCAGGUUCCGGAGCUUGUGUCGCAGCGGCGCCGGUGGCUCAACGGCUCCUUCUUCGCUGCGAUCCACAGUACCGUUCACUUUCACUACAUUUAUCGCUCGUCGCACUCCUUCAUCCGCAAGUUCUGGAUCCACGUCGAGCUCGUCUACCAGACCUUCAACUUGAUCUUCUCGUGGUUCGGCCUUGGAAAUUUCUUCAUCUCCUUCUUCAUCCUGAGCAACGCCCUGGAAGACCCCGCCAUCAUCGGUGGCAAGGGCAUCAAAGUCAUCAACACCAUCCUCCAAUAUGCCUACGUCGGCCUCCUCCUCAUGUGCUUCAUGCUCUCGCUCGGAAAUCGCCCCCAGGGCUCAAAGUGGGGAUACACCCUCGCCUUCGUCGGCUUCGCGUUCUUCACGAUAUAUAUGACGUUUUCCGCCUUCUUUUUGGCCGUAAAAGGGAUCCAGGGCGUCGCCAGCGACGCGGGGCGGUCGAUCAAGUUCAGCGAUCUAUUCAGCAGUGCUAUAUUUAGGGACAUCGUCAUUUCGCUCGCUGCGACUAUGGGCCUCUACAUUGUCGCGUCACUCAUCCACUUCGACCCGUGGCACAUGCUCACGUCGUUCAUCCAGUAUCUGUUACUGGCCCCGUCGUAUAUCAAUGUCCUGAACGUCUACGCUGUGAGUUUUAGCAUCGAUGUUUCGUGGGGUACGAAGGGCGACAACAAGGUCAACACAGAUCUUGGCGUCGUUAAGACGGGCAAGAACACGAACGAAGUCGAGGUGGCCGUGCCGACCGCCGAGACGGACAUCAACGCCGCGUAUGAAGACGCGAUCCACGUGCUGUCGACCAAACCGCCAAAAGAGGAACCCAAGUCGGAUCCUGCGACGGAGCAGGAGGAUUACUACAGGAACUUUAGAACAAAGUGUGUCCUGAUGGCAUGGGUGUUGUCGAACUGCCUCCUGAUUGCCAUCAUCCUGACAGCGACAGGGAGCGCGGCGACCAGCGGUGCAAGCAGUACCGUCAACGGAUACAUGAUCUUCAUCUUGUAUUCUGUGACUCUUCUUGCCUUUGUUCGUUUUGUUGGCUCCUCUGCAUAUAUGAUCAUUCGGUUGUUCGCUGGAGAGUAG